AUGCAAAGAGGGAUUCAAAGAAGCGCCACGAGUGUUGCUACUGUGUUAUAUCGCUCCUGUGAAUGCGUGUACCAAACGUUGUUUACAAGAGGAUAUUUUCAUUUACGAGGUAAGACGGGAGAGCGGCAUGGUCUGAGGAGGGGAAAAGAAUACUCGAACGGAUUCAUUUACAUUAUAAAAAACGACCAGUACUUUAGGGACAACGUUGCUGAUUUGAUUUGGGAAAAAAUGGUUCUCCUGGCCAUUGGAGAAGAAUUCAAUUUGGUGGACCUCUCAGGAAUACAACUGUGCAUAAGGGAAAACGAAAUUUUUUUCAAAAUUUGGAUGAAGAACUACUCAAACUAUAUAAAGAACAUUCUAACGAAAGCUGUAAGCGAAUUGCUGGACCUGCCACCCAACACAUCCAUAAUAACCAAGAUUCUCUCCAAUGUGUACUAUAACAGGAAGAACGCAAAUUUGAAGGAGAAGAAUGAGAAAGGGAAAAAGAUGUACAACAAGAAUAACAAGCCCCUUGAGUACCCAGGUCCAAGGAAGGACUUUUUCAAAGUUAAGAACUACGGAACCAUGUUAGCGCCCCCAAACUAUGGCAUAGGAAAUUAUAACUUUUACAAGAACAACUUAGACAUGAACCUGUACUACCUGUAUAACCAGCAUCCCAUCCCGAACCCCCCCUAUUUGUAUUACCCCAUAAAUAUGUACAACCAGCACUACAAUAAUGGGUACCCUGAUUUUAUGUAUGAUUAUAAUUUUGGGUACCCCAUGGAAGGCUUUAAUAAUAAUUCGAUAGAAAACGAAAUGCAUGUAGAAAACAAUUUUGUAAAUAAUCAGCUAAAUGGAGUAGCCAUUGGAGAGAAAAAAAAAAAAUUGGAUUAUGUAACGAAGAACAAAGAUUAUAGGAAGCAUUUUGUCUACCAAAAAAAUACAAAUGAAAAUUUUGAAGAUAUGAAAAGCAGCACGUGUAUGUAA